AUGGGCGAGACUCGCCGGAAACCCCCUGCGAAGAAGCGGAAACCUGGAGAUUUAGAUGAUCUUAAACAGGAAUUAGAUAUCGAUUUCCACAAAGUCACGCCCGAAGAACUUUACCAAAGAUUUCAGACACACCCCGAAAACGGACUUAGUCAUGCAAAGGCGAAAGAAAAUCUUGAACGAGAUGGUCCAAACGCACUCACACCUCCAAAACAAACACCCGAAUGGGUGAAGUUUUGUAAAAAUCUCUUCGGCGGCUUUGCGUUACUACUGUGGAUUGGUGCUAUUCUAUGCUUUAUUGCCUAUGGAAUUCAGGCGAGUACCGUCGAAGAACCAGCGGACGACAACUUGUACCUCGGAAUUGUAUUAGCGGCUGUGGUUAUUGUUACCGGUAUUUUCUCAUACUAUCAGGAAAGCAAGUCGUCUAAGAUCAUGGAAUCCUUCAAGAACAUGGUACCUCAGUUCGCUACCGUUAUCCGCGAAGGAGAAAAGUUAACGUUGCGUGCUGAGGAUCUGGUGCUCGGAGAUAUUGUUGAGGUUAAAUUCGGUGACAGGAUCCCAGCUGACAUCCGCAUCAUUGAAUCUCGUGGCUUUAAAGUAGACAACUCAAGUUUGACCGGCGAAUCUGAACCACAAUCUCGCGGACCUGAAUUCACCCAUGAGAACCCCUUGGAAACUAAGAACUUGGCUUUCUUCUCUACCAACGCUGUCGAAGGAACUGCUAAAGGCGUAGUCAUCUGCUGCGGUGAUAACACGGUCAUGGGUCGUAUCGCUGGUUUAGCUUCCGGUUUGGACACUGGUGAAACCCCCAUUGCAAAGGAAAUCCAUCAUUUUAUCCACUUGAUCACUGGUGUAGCUGUGUUCCUCGGAGUUACGUUCUUCGUCAUUGCCUUUAUCCUCGGCUAUCACUGGCUGGACGCUGUUAUCUUCCUUAUUGGUAUUAUUGUAGCUAACGUACCUGAAGGUUUGCUAGCGACUGUAACGGUAUGUCUGACUCUCACUGCCAAACGCAUGGCCUCCAAGAACUGCUUAGUCAAGAACUUGGAAGCUGUCGAAACCCUCGGAUCUACAUCCACCAUCUGCUCUGAUAAAACUGGUACUUUGACCCAGAACAGAAUGACAGUUGCGCACAUGUGGUUCGAUAAUCAGAUAAUUGAAGCUGAUACUACUGAAGAUCAAUCUGGAGUACAAUAUGACCGCACUAGCCCUGGAUUCAAGGCACUCGCUAAAAUUGCUACUCUCUGCAACCGAGCUGAGUUCAAGGGAGGUCAGGAAGGAGUUCCUAUUCUGAAGAAGGAAGUGGCCGGUGAUGCGUCUGAAGCAGCUUUACUCAAAUGUAUGGAACUUGCUCUCGGUGACGUUUUGUCGAUUAGGAAAAGGAACAAGAAAGUUUGCGAAAUUCCCUUCAACUCAACGAAUAAAUAUCAAGUGUCUAUCCAUGAAAGCGACGAUCCCAGCGAUCCUCGCCACUUGCUUGUGAUGAAGGGCGCCCCUGAAAGGAUCUUGGAACGUUGCAGCACUAUUUUCAUUGGUGGCAAGGAAAAGGUUUUGGAUGAAGAGAUGAAGGAAGCAUUCAACAACGCGUAUCUGGAACUCGGCGGUCUCGGUGAGCGUGUACUCGGCUUCUGCGACUUGCAACUUCCCUCAGACAAAUACCCCAUCGGCUACAAGUUCAACACUGAUGAUCCCAACUUCCCCCUGGACAACCUUCGCUUUGUCGGUCUCAUGAGCAUGAUUGAUCCUCCCCGUGCCGCCGUGCCUGACGCCGUUGCUAAGUGCCGAUCCGCCGGUAUUAAGGUUAUCAUGGUAACCGGUGACCACCCGAUCACAGCCAAGGCUAUCGCCAAGUCGGUAGGAAUCAUCUCCGAAGGUAACGAAACCGUUGAAGAUAUCGCUGCCCGCCUCAACAUCCCAGUUUCGGAAGUCAACCCUCGCGAGGCUAAGGCAGCUGUCGUGCACGGCACUGAGCUCAGGGAACUUAAUUCAGACCAACUCGAUGAAAUUCUCAAGUUCCACACGGAAAUAGUGUUCGCACGUACAUCACCCCAACAGAAGUUGAUCAUCGUGGAAGGUUGCCAGCGCCUCGGUGCCAUCGUGGCCGUGACCGGCGACGGCGUCAAUGACUCCCCCGCUUUGAAGAAAGCUGAUAUCGGUGUAGCUAUGGGCAUUGCUGGCUCUGACGUCUCCAAACAGGCCGCUGACAUGAUCCUGCUCGAUGACAACUUCGCUUCCAUCGUAACUGGUGUAGAGGAAGGCCGCCUAAUCUUCGACAACUUAAAGAAAUCCAUCGCGUAUACUCUCACCUCGAACAUUCCAGAAAUAUCGCCUUUCCUCGCCUUCAUCCUUUGCGAUAUCCCUCUACCCCUCGGCACUGUUACUAUCCUUUGCAUCGAUCUCGGAACUGACAUGGUGCCCGCCAUUUCCCUGGCUUACGAGGAGGCUGAAUCUGACAUUAUGAAGCGACAGCCGCGUAAUCCUUUCACUGAUAAGCUCGUUAACGAGAGUCGUGUCGCGGUCGUGUUGUCCUGUGCUGAUUGCUUGGUGUUUACGAAGGUACCUGCUAUAUCAUUGGCGUACGAGGCGCCUGAGUCCGAUAUCAUGAAGCGGCAGCCCCGAGACCCUUAUCGCGACAACCUCGUCAACAGAAGGCUGAUUUCCAUGGCUUAUGGCCAAAUCGGAAUGAUCCAAGCCGCCGCCGGAUUCUUCGUGUACUUCGUGAUCAUGGCUGAGAAUGGGUUCCUGCCCUUGAAACUGUUCGGUAUCAGAAAGCAAUGGGACUCGAAGGCUAUUAACGACUUGACCGACUCCUAUGGACAAGAAUGGACAUACCGCGACCGCAAGGCUCUAGAGUACACCUGCCACACCGCUUUCUUCGUGUCCAUCGUAGUGGUGCAGUGGGCCGAUCUGAUCAUCUGCAAGACCCGUCGCAAUUCCAUCGUGCACCAGGGCAUGAGGAACUGGGCUUUGAACUUCGGUCUCAUCUUCGAGACUGCUCUCGCCGCUUUCCUUUCAUACACGCCCGGUAUGGACAAGGGUCUGCGGAUGUAUCCUCUCAAGUUCGUAUGGUGGUUGCCCGCCAUUCCCUUCAUGCUGUCGAUCUUCAUCUACGACGAGAUCCGACGCUUCUACCUGCGCCGCCACCCCGGCGGCUGGCUCGAGCAGGAGACCUACUAC